CGCAUAUUUUGACCUCUUCUUUAUUCAUUUCCCGAUCCGUCUAUUCUUUCCUUUCUCCAAAAAUCCCCAAAUCAACAACACUUUCUCGUAUCGCAUAUUUCUUGUUACGUUUUCUCAAUCCAGAAAAUUCACUACCAAUUUCCGAAUAUCAAAUAUGCAGGCGUCGCGAGCAAGGCUAUUCAAGGAGUACAAAGAGGUGCAACGAGAGAAGACAGCUGAUCCUGAUAUUCAAUUGGUUUGUGAUGAUUCUAACAUUUUUAAGUGGACAGCUCUUAUCAAGGGACCUUCAGAGACUCCUUAUGAAGGGGGUGUCUUCCAGCUUGCAUUUUCUGUUCCAGAGCACUAUCCUCUACAACCACCUCAAGUACGGUUUUUGACUAAAAUAUUUCACCCGAACGUGCAUUUUAAGACUGGGGAGAUUUGCCUAGAUAUCUUGAAAACUGCUUGGAGCCCCGCUUGGACUUUGCAGUCUGUCUGUAGGGCUAUAAUUGCCUUGAUGGCUCAUCCAGAACCUGACAGCCCAUUGAAUUGUGAUUCAGGUAAUCUUCUGCGAUCUGGUGAUGUUAGAGGGUACCAGUCCAUGGCAAGAAUGUACACUAGGCUUGCAGCAAUGCCAAAGAAAGGCUGAUUGAUUUCUGAUAACUUCUGCUCUAUGUUUGUCUAGGUAACAAGUUAGCAAUUGAUAUAGCAGUUCUUUGUUCAAAUCUUAACUUGUUUAAAGUGUGUAUACAUUUCAUUUAAGACAUGCUUUUCACUGUUUUUAAGAUGUAUUAAAGUGGUGACUUGUACAAAGUGUUUGUAACUUGAUGUAUCUGGACAUGAGCCAGAGUUGAGCUCAACAAUCAACAUGCUUGAAUAAUCCUUGAUUGUUUCCA